UUACAAGGCCCUAAAUACAAGUUAUUAUGUAUUUCGCAGACGCUCACACGAUAUUCGCAUGUUGGUUUCAAGUUUGAGUUAUUACUUAUUAUUGUGAUAGUUAUAAUUAGGAGAGCUGCUUGCUUUGCUUACGCUCAUGGACUGGCAGUGGUCAACCCCUGCUGAGGGCAGCAUUUCCUGCCCCCUGUGUCACCAGCCUGGCUGCUUCCCAUCUGCAGAGCGGCUACUGCACGCUCUGCGGGCGCUGGCCAGUGGGCCAUCCUGCUGUGGUAUCUGCGGCACUCAGCUGGCCGACCUGCCGUCCUACCUGCAGCACCUGGCCAGGCAUCUGUCCCCGGCACUACAUACCGCUCCCCGGCCUGCCGCGGACCGGAGCUCGGCGCCUGUCAGCCCGUCCGCCGCCCUCUCCUGUCCGCACUGCUCCCGAACCUUCAAAACGGCCCGCGGCCGCACCAGUCACAUGCGCGCCAAGCACGCUUCGGAGACCGAACCGGCCGCUGAGGGCUCACCGGCCGGCGGCCCGCUGAGGUCGGCUCCGUCGCUAGUACCGACGGAUCCGCGUGGGGGCCUGCCGAGGGGUGCGGUGUCAGUGACGGCCGGCCGCCCACCGCAGGCGGCAGGCUCUUCCAGCCGUCUGCAGGGCACCGUGGCCGAUCGGAGCAGCCUGGGUCCGACACUCGGCGCCGUCACUAGCUUACUUCCGCCGCCACCGACCACAGCUGCCGUCGGACCGCUGCAGCCACCAACCACAGCUACCGUCGGACCGCUGCAGUCACAGAUCUCAGCUACUGUCGGGUCACUGCAGCCACCGAUCACAGCUGCCGUCGGACCGCUGCAGCCACCGAUCACAGCUGCCGUCGGACCGCUGCAGCCACCGAUCUCAGCUGCCGUCGGACCGCUGCAGCCACCGAUCACAGCUGCCGUCGGACUCAUAGCUCUGAUGAACGAUACCGGUGGGCCUCCGCAGCCAUUCACUGUCCCCACCGGACCUUCAGCAUCCUCACGGCUGACCACCGUCACCAGCGGGCUCCAUCUCACUCUGAGCUGCACCACCAGCAGACCCGUGCCGCCCCCGACUGCCGCCGCCGGUGGUCUCCUGUCCCCUGGUGCCGGUACCAGAGGUCUCCUGUCCCCUGGUACCGGUACCAGGGGUCUCCUGUCCCCUGGUGCCGCCGGUACCAGAGGUCUCCUGUCCCCUGGUACCGGUACCAGAGGCCUCCUGUCCCCUGGUGCCGCCGGUACCAGUGGCCUCCUGUCUCCGGGUGCCGCCGGUACCAGUGGUCUCCUGUCCCCUGGUGCCGCCGGAACCAGCGGCGCCGUGUCGCCGCCGGCGCUGCAGCUGGCUCGCCGCGGGGACGGCAGUCGCCGGCUGCGGCGGCUGCUGCAGGCCUCGCACGCCUGCCAGGACUGCGGCCGGGUGUUCCGGCUGCGGCCCGGCCUGGCGGCGCACCGGCGCCUGGCGCACGGUGACGGCGCGUGCGAGCAGUGCGCCGUGUGUCAGCGCCGCUUCACCAGCGGCCGCCGCCUGCAGAGACACCUGGCGGCCGCGCACGGACUCACCGGCACGGAUCAUGCUCCAUCCACUGACGACAAAACGAAGGAGAGCUCGGCACACGAGUGUCCCACCUGCAAGAAGACGUUCACUACCGCGCAGUUUCUCAAGAAGCAUAUGAAACUCCACACCGGUGAGACGCCGUACGUGUGUGAGGUGUGCGGCCGGGCCUUCUCGCUGCAGCAGUCCUACCACAAGCACCAGCAGUACCACACGGCCGUGCGGCCCUACACGUGCCCCCAGUGCGGCCGCGCCUUCCGCGAGUCGGCCACGCUGCAGAACCACAUGCGGAUCCACUCCGGGGAGAAGCCGUGGACGUGCGAGACCUGUGGGAAGUCGUUCCGUCAGCGCAUAACGUACGUGGUGCACCGCCGGAUCCACACGGGCGCGCUGCCCUACACCUGCGAGCUGUGCCACAGCGGGUUCAGAUACAAGCUGAACGCGUGUGGAGGCUGAGCGACCGGGAGCGGUACAGGUGAGUCUUCGCGCUCACAAGUGCACCCAGGGUGAGCCGGUUCGGGACGGCGCCGGUCCGUCGGACUCCGGUCAGCAGCCCCCGCCGGCCGCCGGCCCAUCGAGUCCCCUCGCCAUCGCCGGUCCAUCGGGAGACGGCGUG